AUGACGUCUCCUCGAUCGCACGAAGAAACAUCUUCAGUGGGAGACACGACGAUGUCCCAUGCGGCCGAUGUCGGCUCUAGCAUGGCAUUGACGGUUUCAGAAACAUUUGUAGGGCCAAUUCUGACACUGUGUCAGCCACAAAUGUCGACACCAACAACAAUGGGAACUUCUGGGCAAUAUAUGCCCAGUUUUACGGUCUCCAUGCACAAGACGUUGGGAAUGCCGACUGAGUUUAUAGCAAAUUUUAUCUUACAGACAGAACUGCCUAGGGGAUGGAAAGUCCUGAAAUUUACCAAGUUCGUUGGAGAUAUUGAGGAGUCCACCGUCGAACACGUGGCCAGGUAUCAAACUGAGGCCGGAGACAUAAAGAACAAUGAGGAUUUGAAGUUAAAAUACUUCCCAAGUUCUCUUACGAAGAACGCGUUCACGUGGUUCACAACGCUACCUCCACAGUCGAUCCAAACCUGGACACAAUUAGAGAGAUUGUUCCAUGAAAAAUUUUACAUGGGGCAAUCAAAGAUUAGCCUAAAAAAACUAGCUAGCGUUAAGUGGAAAGUUGUUGAGUCGGUUGAUCAAUACCUAAAUAGGUUUAGGCUGUUAAAAGCACGAUGCUUUACUCAAGUCCCUGAGCAUGAAUUAGUCGAGAUAGCUGUUGGGGGUUUGGAUUAUUCUAUAAGGAAAAAGCUGGAUACUCAGUAUCUUAGAGAUAUGGCCCAAUUGGCCGACAGAGUUCGAUGCAUCGAACGGCUGAAAGCUGAGAAGUCCAAGACGGGUCGAUAUCAUAAGAAAGAAAAAAUAUCUUAUAUCACAGUCGAAGGUUGUUCUUCCGACGAUGAAGAUAUAAUCGAAAGAAGUGAGGUUAACAUGGCAGAACUGAAGCCCGGACCUCCAUAUGUGUGUAAGGUUUUAAAUAAUUCGAAUGGGAAGAACCCAAUUGAAGCCGAGAAAAUAGAUAAAUACGUAGCUAAGACAUAUACGUUCAACAUGUCUAAGUGCGACGAAAUCUUUGAUCUGUUAGUAAAAGAUGGUCAGAUUAUCGUCCCUCAGGGUUUAAAGGAUCUCCCCUAG